GGCCGCCCGAAGGCCGACUGAAGUGUUCUGUGUUGUUGCCGGAAGUCGGAAGAGGGUGUCUUAUCAUGGCGGCUGCGACUGAAGUCGAGAAGGCUCCGGUGGACAUCGCAGAGGAGGGGUCUUGCUCGGGGGCAGAUGAGCUGGCCGCACAGAAGCGUGAACAGAGACUGCGAAAAUUCCGGGAGUUGCAUCUGAAGCGGAAUGAAGCUCGUAAAUUAAAUCACCAGGAAGUUGUGGAAGAAGAUAAAAGACUUAAGUUACCUGCAAAUUGGGAAGCCAAAAAAGCCCGUUUGGAAUGGGAGCUACAAGAAGAAGAAAAGAAAAAGGAAUGUGCAGCAAGAGGGGAAGACUAUGAGAAGGUGAAGUUGCUAGAGAUCAGUGCAGAAGAUGCAGAAAGGUGGGAGAGGAAAAAGAAGCGAAAAAACCCUGAUCUUGGAUUUUCAGAUUAUGCUGCUGCCCAGUUACGCCAGUAUCACCGGCUGACCAAGCAGAUCAAACCUGACAUGGAAACAUACAAGAGACUGAGAGAAAAAUAUGGCGAAGAGUUUUUCCCAACAUCCAACAGUCUUCUCCAUGGGACGCAUGUGCCUUCCACAGAAGAAAUUGAUAGAAUGGUCGUAGAUCUGGAAAAACAAAUUGAAAAACGAGACAAAUAUAGUCGAAGACGUCCUUACAAUGAUGAUGCAGACAUCGACUACAUUAAUGAAAGGAAUGCCAAAUUCAAUAAGAAAGCUGAAAGGUUCUAUGGGAAGUAUACGGCUGAAAUUAAACAGAAUUUGGAAAGAGGAACAGCUGUUUAAUCCCUUCCAGAACUGUUUUUAGAAGCUUGACAAUGGAGUGAAUAUUUCUGCUGGCAAAUUGAAGUUCUCUUUAAUAUUUUAUCAGUAAAUCAAAACAUAGUCUAUGCCUUCCCACUCAGCAUUUUAAAAUAAUAAAUGUUUUUUCUUAAAUGUAUACUUCAGUGUAUAUUUUGAUAGUUUUGUGCUAGGAUAAAAGAUGUAUUUCUUGUAGUGAAGUUGUUUUGUAAAAACCUACUUUCUAUAAGUCCUGAUUAUAUUAUUUUUCUAUGUAUUUUAAGUGUGUAUAACUGUUUAAUCUUUGAAACUUUUGGGCUUAAAAUUGCUGGCAGUGCACACAAAUACAGUCACUAUUGCUUUGAAUAUUGUAAAUUUGACAAAAUCUAGAGCUGGGCUGUGGAUCCGCUGGGGUUGAGGACCAAAGGCGGCAGUGGCCCUUGGAGUUGCUGGUGUACAGUCAGUGCUGCGCGUGACAAAUGCGGGGGCUGCAGGGCCAUCGUUGAGUAUCUGUCUACUGUGUAUAGUUCCUUUUUAAAAGAGCAAUAAAUG